AUGAGCACGCGGGUCGGGGUGUACACGCCGAAGGGCGUCAUGAACGAGAAGUACAUCUGGCUGUCCGCAUGCAGCGGCAACUGCCAGUACCCCUUGGUCCAGUCCAACGUGAAGUACACGUUCGCGUUGAUCGGCCUGCUGUCGAUCGUCAUGCGCAAGUCGCCGACUUCCUUCUUCGGCACGAUCCUUGGGGCUGCGGUCCACGUAGCCCGGUUGUUUUGCGGCGGGUACCGCCGCAUCCCACACUUCACCGGCGUCGUGCCACAGAACGAGUAUGCUAGCGGAAUAAAGAUGCGUUUUUUACGGGAACACGCGAGACCCAGAUUAGACUUGCUGUGCUAUAUCAUCACCAACAACAUUCAAGAAUUGUACGUGGACAAGUUUGCACGAGCCACGAAUGUGUCCAUGUUCUAUGUUGCGAAUGCAUCUAACGAGAUGUAUGCCCCGCAGUUUAAGGUGCGUGGGUUUACGUACCCAUUUUGGACGUUCCCCUCGUCGAAGUCCGAAAUGCUAAGUCUGGAGUCCAAUCGGUCCAUGGUGGACCUUGUCGUACACUCCGCCGAAGUUGACAUCGGCAAUGUGGGAAGCACUCCAAACGCUACGUCAGUGGUGCAAAACGACCAUACCCAACGUGGCACCACCAAGGCUAUGUAUGAAUCGAUAGUGAAUCUGGCCAAAUGGGUUAUUAGCCAUGCCAAUGAAAUUCAAGACAACCCACGACAGUUACACAUUGCCCAACGACAGCUGCAGCGGGUGUACAGUUACCAAGAGUCCAUUUCCCAAGUGGCACGUAUGCGGAAGCGACGACGCACCAACGUAGCAGGAAACGAGCUGACGGUGUUCUUUCAACCGCCGUCAAUUUAG